GCUGUCAGAAUUUUUUGUUUGCAAAGAAGUCUUAGAAGUGAUAAAAAAAUGUCCACAUCUUCCAAUGUUAAUGGCAAUCUAAUGGAUGAAUUUGAAGAGGCUUUCCAAAAUUGUUUGCUUUCACUCACCAAAUUAGAGGCGAAUACUGGCACUAAUAAGGAAGAAGUCGAAUUGGAAGUGCAGAAAACUACAAACCGUUUUAUAGAUGUAGCCCGGCAAAUGGAAGCAUUCUUUUUGCAAAAACGUUUUUUGGUUUCGACUCUAAAACCCGAUCAACUAAUCAAGGAUGAAAAUCAAGAUCUACGCACAGAAAUUUCACGUAAAGAAACUUUACUCAAUAAACAUUACAGUCGUCUGGAGGAGUGGAAAGCCUGUCUCUCAGAUAUACAACAAAAUCCCGCUAUACUUAAUAGACCGGUGGGUGGUCUACCAGCAGGUUUAGGCGAGCCUGGUGGUAGCAUGAUUGGACCUUCUGGAUCUGGUGGACCUUUGGGAGUAGGUGCAAUGGCUGCUAUGGGAGGACCACCGGGUCGUGGUGGUAUGAUGCCUAAUGUUCCUGGUGCUAUGGGUCCUAUGUCGCAAAUGGGUGCGGCGGGACAGCAGCAACAACAUUUACAAAAUCAAAAAAUGUUACAGGCUCAGCAAAUGCAACAGUUGCGCAUGAUGGGAAAAUUACCAAAGUAGUAACGUUUUUUAAACCGGAAUUACAUAUUGAGAAAUUCAGAAAGAUUUUAGUUUAAAUUUUAGAAAUACAUAUAAAUAUAAGCAAAAAAUAAACAAUUUUUAAUUAAAAAAUUAAUAAGAAAAUUGUUUAAUACUUAAAAAACCAGGUUUAUGAAAUCUAUGUGGUAAUCUCUUCAUAUUAAUUUUGUUUUUCUCACUUAA